GGGAAAGGAGGGGAAAGCUUCCGGCAUUUGGGCUCAAACCGAGUGUAGCGUAUACAAGACUCGGGAUUGGAGGGAACCCGAGAUGCGGGGCUUCGCGGCGGCUUCGGCUCCGCCUGCGAGGCGGCGGUGGAAGGGGCCGGCUGUGGCGGUGCUCGCUCUCGUCGUCGUCGUCUUCUCGCUCCUUGUCCCCCUCGCCUUCCUCCUCGGCAUCCAUAGCCACUUCCGCUCGGGUAAAUUGGCUGGCGAUCUCUUGCCCUCGGAAGUUAAGAAUAAUCACAUUACCAAUUUUAGUAGCCUUGGUGUCCAAUCCACAUCAAAGAGAAAUAGUACUACAUCCAACUUUCGACCAGUGAAUGUGACAUUUCACGAAGAAAAAGAUACUAGGAGCCACCACAAAUCAGAAGAUGUCACCUCUCAAAUGAAAGCUUAUUCUACAUCACAAUUAGCUCCAUCAGAACCACUUCCAACUUUGAGUGCUAGAAAUAAUGACAGUUCUACCGAGAACAAGUUUGGCAGUUUGCUGGGUUAUGAAAGUGGAAGACCUUGUCAACCUAAAUUUGGGAGUUACUGCCUCUGGUCCAUAGAAAAUAGAGAAGCAAUGAAGGAUUCUUAUGUGAAGAGACUCAAAGAUCAGCUUUUCAUUGCCAGAGCUUACUAUCCAAUCAUAGCUAAACUUCAUGGGCAAGAGAAAUUAACACGUGAAAUAAAGCAGAAUAUUCAGGAUCAUGAGCACAUGCUUAUGGUGGCUAUUUUAGAUACAGAUCUUCCACCGGCUGUUGGAAAGAAGAUAGAUAGAAUGGAUCAAACAAUUGCAAGAGCCAAGACAUGCACAACAGAUUGCAAUUAUCCUGAAAAAAAGCUCAGGCAAAUACUUGAUUCCACUGAGGAUGAAGCCAAUUUCCAUAUGAUGCAGAGUGCAUUCCUCUAUCAACUUGGUGUUCAUACCAUGCCCAAAAGUCUCCAUUGUUUAUCUAUGAGGUUAACAGUAGAAUAUUUUAAGUCAUCAUCGAGGGAUAUGGAGCACUUGCAACCAAGCAAAACUGGCAGCUCAAAAUUAUUUCACUACGUCAUUUUCUCGAGGAAUGUAUUGGCAGUUUCAGUAGCUAUAAAUUCAACAGUGGUGAAUUCUAAGGUCACUAGAAAUAUUAUUUUUCACAUUGUAACCGAUGCUCAAAACUACUAUGCUAUGAAAGUCUGGUUUGCCAGACACUCUUUUGAAGAGGCAACCAUUCAUGUCAUCAACCUCGAAGAGCCUAACCUGCAGAAUCUCAAGGAGGGUCUAGUGCAGUUAUCAUUGUCUGAAGAGUUCCGUGUCUCUAUCCACAAAAAAGACCAACCAGCUGCACACAUUAGAACCGAGUACAUAUCAGUAUUUGGUCACUCACACUUUCUUCUUUCAGAUAUAUUUAGGAGUCUGAAGAAGGUGGUGGUUUUGGACGAUGAUGUGGUUGUUCAACGUGACCUAUCACCACUAUGGAGCCUUAACAUGGAAGGGAAAGUGAAUGGUGCCAUGGAGUUUUGUGGCAUGAGACUGGGACAGCUGCAAGCAUAUCUGGGCAAAAAUAACCAUAAUGCAACUUCUUGUGUCUGGAUGUCUGGACUAAAUGUUAUUGAUUUAGAGAAGUGGAGGGAGCAUAAUGUCACAGGGAUGUACCUGCAGCUACUCCAGAAUUUGCAAACGAAUGGUGAAGUAUCUUGGAGAGCUGCAGCACUACCAGCGAGCUUACUUGCAUUCAGCAAUCUCAUAUACCCUCUAGAGAAGAAGUGGAUUCUAUCAGGCCUUGGCUAUGACUAUGGAAUCGGUGAGAAUGCUAUCCAGAAUGCUAUAUUACUGCAUUAUAAUGGCAAUAUGAAACCUUGGCUUGACCUAGGCAUACCAAAAUAUAAAUGGUACUUGAAGAAAUUUCUUGCACCUGGCGGUCGGUUCAUGGAUGAGUGCAAAGUAAUCUUAUAGCUCGCAUCAUUGGAGCUUAUGAAAUUUUUGGAUAUUCAGGAUUUAGGCAAGGGACUGAUAAUUUUAUAAUUUGUCAUCAAGAAGGUUUGGAUUAUGCAUUGACAUACUUGGAAAAUGAAGCUAGGUAAUAAAUCUUGCAGAAGCAGAAUAAAUGAAUGAUAAUAUAAAAGGGCCACGAGGGAGUCUCUUGGAAGUGCCGAAGAUACGACAUUGGUUCAUUGCAGUUGAGAGAUGUUUGAGGGUAUGGCAUUUGUAGUUGCCAAGUGGGAUGAGGAUUUCAAACGAUGAUUGCACAUUAGACAUCAUACCAAUGUUUUCCGCAGACGACGGAUGUUUGAAGUCGGUGCAAAUCUUGAUUUCACCUUUCUCCAUCUGGAAGUGGCUGACCGUAUUGACCAUAUUGCUCUGUGGAUUGUUCCUCUAAUCUUCUCCCACAUUUUAUUUUCUGGUAACUUUUGAUUCCCAAUGAGGGCCAUGUCCUAUUCAUUUCGAAGUCAGUUUCUCUGUUACAUGAUAUUUUUAUUUGCAUAUGGGAAGCGUUAAACACUUUGUGGUG